AUGAUUUUUUUUUUCCUUAUUUUUUUUCUUCUUUUUGCCAGUAUUUUUCUUUGUUCUUUUUUUUUCUUUUGCAGUGGAGACUGGGCAAUUGCAGACUCGAUACAUCGCCCUUACUUACUUACUUUCUUUCUUUCUUUCUUUCUUUCUUUCUUUCUUUCUUUCUUUCUUUCUCUGACCUUCUAUCUAUCUAUCUAUCUAUCUAUCUAUCUAUCUAUCUAUCUAUCUAUUGUCCUAUCUAUCUAUCUAUCUAUCUAUCUAUCUGUCAGUCUGUUCCUAUCUAUGUGCCUAUCAUUCAAUAUUUAUAUUGAUCAUUCUGUUUUAGUCUCAUCAUCUUUCUCAAUAUCUAUCUAUUCAUAUCUAUCUCUUUUUUCUUUGUUAAAUAUCAACAUUAGUGAUGAUUUCUCUCUCUAUAUAUCUAUCUAUCUAUCUAUCUAUCUAUCUAUCUAUCUAUCUAUCUCUCUCUCUCUUCAUUAUUGCUUGUGA